GCUCUGGGCUCUGACAGCCCGCAUGCCUCUGCCGCCACAGCCGCCGCCGCUCCGCAGCCGCCGCUCGCAGCGGGAUGGGAUGCAACUUCUCCUAAUUGGAUCACAGGCUUAAGUGGUAAUUGGGUAUCUUGUUACCAGAACAGAAAUGAAUAACUCAACGUACAUAAACUCUUCCACUGAAAAUGUGAUGGCUCUGGAGAGCCCCUAUAAAACUGUUGAGGUGGUCUUCAUCGUCCUGGUAGCAGGAUCUCUCAGUCUAGUCACCAUAAUUGGGAACAUCCUCGUCAUGGUGUCAAUCAAAGUCAACAGGCACCUACAGACUGUCAACAACUAUUUCUUGUUCAGCUUGGCCUGUGCUGACUUGAUCAUUGGCAUCUUUUCUAUGAACCUGUAUACCCUCUACACUGUGAUAGGCUACUGGCCCUUAGGACCUGUGGUGUGUGACCUCUGGCUGGCUCUUGACUACGUGGUCAGCAACGCCUCUGUAAUGAACCUCCUUAUUAUCAGCUUCGACAGAUACUUUUGUGUCACCAAGCCUUUGACAUAUCCUGUAAAGAGGACCACUAAGAUGGCAGGCAUGAUGAUCGCAGCUGCGUGGGUGCUGUCCUUCAUCCUGUGGGCCCCUGCAAUUCUCUUCUGGCAGUUCAUUGUGGGAGGAAGGACUGUCCCAGAUGGGGAUUGCUACAUCCAGUUUUUUUCCAACCCUGCCGUCACUUUUGGCACUGCCAUUGCAGCCUUCUAUUUGCCUGUUAUCAUCAUGACUGUCCUUUACUGGCAAAUCUCUCGAGCCAGUAAGAGUCGGAUAAAGAAAGGGAAAAAGGAAGCUGCCCAAAACCAAGAUACAGUUUCCCCCAGCCUUGUCCAAGGUAAAAUAGUGAAACCAAACAAUAACAACAUCCCAACCAGCGGGGACAGGUUGGAGCACAGCAAAGUUCAGAAUGGAAAAACCACUGAAGAGACUGUGACAGAGAACUGUGUUCAAGGGGAGGAAAAGGAGAGCUCCAAUGAUUCCACCUCUGUUAGUGUUGUUGCUUCCAACAUGAAAGAGGAUGAAGCCACCAAAGAUGCCAACCAGGCUUCUGCCUCCCAAGACCAUCUCAAAGUGGAAAACUCCAAGCUCACAUGCAUCAGGAUAGUCACCAAGUCCCAGAAGGGUGACUGCUGUGCCCCCACCAACACUACUGUGGAGAUUGUAGGCACUAAUGGGGAGGAGAAGCAGAAUAGCGUAGCCCGAAAAAUUGUCAAGAUGACAAAGCAGCCAGCCAAAAAGAAACCACCUCCUUCUAGAGAGAAAAAAGUGACAAGGACUAUUUUGGCCAUCCUCCUGGCCUUCAUCAUCACCUGGACCCCAUACAAUGUGAUGGUGCUCAUCAAUAGCUUCUGCGCAUCCUGCAUCCCCGGCACUGUAUGGACCAUAGGUUAUUGGCUCUGUUAUAUCAACAGCACCAUUAACCCUGCUUGUUAUGCGCUCUGCAAUGCUACUUUCAAGAAGACCUUUAAGCACCUCCUUAUGUGUCAUUACAAGAAUAUAGGAGCUACAAGGUAAAAAUAAUAAUAAAAAUAAUAAUGGAAAGGGUGAAGAAGUUUCAAAUUGAAUUAGAAAAAACAACGCCAUAGCACUUUAUGCUCUUCUAUGGAAUGUGCAAUCCAGGCUGUUAGUGGAAAUACUGAGAUGGGGCAUCAGCUCCACCCCUGAGAACUACACUUGAAAACAUUUUUUAAUCAUUGAAAAUAGAUCUUAAGGACAUGGGGAUGUUUGAAGAAUUAUUCAAGUAUGUGGACUGGAGGCACGGUUCCUUUCUUUCUGAGAGAAUACUGCAGAAGGGCUUUAGAGUCUACAAAUUUUUGUCAUUCUGUGUAAAAUGCUUGUUCUUUUUUUUUUUUUUUUCUUCUGUGUCUGUUUAAUAUGUCUUCAGCUGGGGGGGGAAAAAAAGGAAAUUUUAACAAUAACUGUGUGGAAGAGUCAUAGGAGUUUGGAAGAUCCUUAAAUUAUCUGAGUGGAUCAUGGUCAAAAGUUUCUAGAACUCAAUGUUGUCUAAAGUUUUUUGUCACUGUCAUGUAAGAACCUUAAUGUCAGGCAAAUCAUAAUGAAAGUUAUUUUAUGUUGUUUAUGACACUACCAUUUCCAAACCUACAUCAGUUCUGAAAAGUGUACUUAUGCUCAACACGUAACCAUCGUCUAAGUUGUGUAUCAUUCAAAGCCUGCCACUGGCCCCCUUCUAUGGGCUUUUGUUCUGUGAUUCUUUCAUCACUUCAAGAUAAAAAUGAAAAAAAAAAUGGUCUUUUCCAGAUUGCUACAUCCCAAGACUAUUUCAGUGUCCGUGUAAACCAAAGCUUUUGAGACAAUUUUGUUUGUUUGUCAUAUAGUAUCCACCUGUGGAUUUGUCUUUUACCUCCAUCAAACUUUUCUUCCUUUUUGUACCUUACUUGUCUAGGGCAUGAAGAUUGAAUAUCAAAAGAAGUUGUAGAUUCAAAGGUCUCAUCCAGUCAGCCACCAUGGUGGCCAAAAAAGGACCUCAGCUGAAGAAUAGAAACAAGGUUAUUACUAGGAAAAUGGACGUUACAUCCUUUUAAAGUUGGAUGUACAGAUGAAAAAAUAUGCUGAGGCUCCACAGCAUGAGUAGUUAUUCGAUGCCUACGCUCUUGAUCAGUCAAAAGAUGAUUCACAUUAAUUUAUUGAGGAAAAGAAUAAGAUGGACUAACAUGCCCACAUGGAUCAAGCUCUGCCUAAGCCCUCAGUGUGAAACCAAGGUCCUUCCUAGGUGUGUCCUGGACAAAAGGUUUACUUUGUGGAAAGGAUACUGGCUACAUUGCCUUUUGUACCAGCUGGGAGCAAUAUUUUCACUACAAGCCAAGGGAUAACACUAAUAAAAAGGCAGAGAAGAAAAUAGUGAUUACACAAAAACAGAUAGUGGAAUAGUCUGGAUAUGGGGCUGGCAGAGGUAAAAUUCAAAUAUUAUCUGCUACUCCACACCAGCUCAAAAUCAGAUUCUUUCUGCCUGGCAAAGAAUUUACUAUUUCAAUAUUUGGUAUUUAUUGUAGCACAACUGAGCACUGUGUGGAUCAGAAAAAGUGUAGCAGAUUACUGAAAACAGCAAGUGUCUGUGAGUUAUUCUAAUUACUCUGAUUACCUCCUCCUUAGUAACUCUAACUUCCAGACAUUAGGGAAGGUACACCUAUAGAUUUUGUUACCCAAAAGAGGAGUUGGCUGCAUAGACAGUGUCCUGAGAGACUGUCUUCUGGAGUGAAAGCCACCUACCAAAUAGGACACCAAAUCAUUCUGUUAUUUCAUGCACAUUAUUUCAUGCACAUCAGAGUCUUCCAAAAUGUACUUCAAACUAGCAGCCUUCAAGAUUACAGGGAGACUAAUCUUGUGGACAAGUUUUAUAUUUGACAAGCUUAUUGAAACAGAGUGUCAAAGCACUUUGGCAAUAUGACCAUUUUCAUGUUUCAAAGUGAAGUUCCUAGCAGAAAGUAAAAAUGAGGAGGAUUAAACUGCAGUAAAUUAAGGCCACAUUAAACUCAGGAUUAAUGGAUCUUAAUAUGCAUUCAUUGAUUUUAUACCCCUAGUGAUUUCAUCCUAAUAUAUCUAAGUGUCUCCAUGCAUCCAAGGAUCUAAUCUUGCAACUCUCACUCGCCUUAAGUCAUAUUUAUUAUCACUAUUUUGAUCUUCCUCCUUGUAAGGAAGAAUAACUCAAUGAUAAAGCUUGCAAAACUGAGUGCUGCGUGUCUUUCAAAACUACAUUCACUAGGCUUAUCUUGAUAGGUCAAAGGAAAGAUUUACAUAAUAAUUUCUAGAUCAUUUAUUCUGUUACAGUGUUAAAAAUUCAGAUAGAAAUCAAAGAUGAAAUCUGCUCAUUUUCUAAAUCUUACUUCUUUAGAAGACUUUUAUAAAAGAAACACAUCUGCUUCUUUCUUUCAGCAAGUGCUGUGGGUAUCGAUAGUACAGAUACUCACAUUGGGAAAUAAUGGUUUGUAUAUUUUUAUUUAAUCUUUUAACUCCGGUUUUCCAGCAGAUGUGCAAAUCCCUUAUUCUGACCUUUGAAACUGUCACUUGUUCAUAAAUUAUGAAUUCCUCUAACAGCUAAGGACAAUUCUACAGGUUAAGAAGUGCAACAUAUAAAUUACAACUAUAAUUUUUCAUCGUGUGAUGUGAUGACACUCAAAAUAACAUGCUGAAAAAAUAUUUUUGGGCCAGCAUUCACGAAACAAACAAACAAACAAAAAAAAAAAUCUUUCCGUUUGAAGUUUUCUAACACAUUUCCCUAGAACCACCCCUGCUUUUGAUACUAAAGGACAAGAUGUUUUGAUUUGUGUUAUAGUAUAUUUAAAACAGGACACACAAUCCUAUGUGUUUCCACCUUGUACCAGUUCAGUGAAAAAAUAUUUCCAUGGUACAUCCACAUUCACAGCCAAUUAAACAAUGUAAAAAAGCGUGACAUAAUGCAUGUGCACACAGGCAUGCAAACACACACCCCAACAUGGUUUAUACACAUGGAAAAUAAUCAUCUAACAUUCAAGAUGUUGCAUGGCAUUGUGUCUAUGUUGUACUCACUGGAAGCUGGUGGGAGAUGCAGAGCCAACACUUACUCAUGACACUGUCUACCCUCCCCCCAGAGGCAUAGAGGAGGAAGGGCCUUGCCUUGAGAUACUGGGAACCUCUCAGGUCUUCAGAUGGUUGUGGCUUAGUAAGACAAAAAGUGGAAUAAUCUGUCAGAGCCACAUAAUAAUUUAUUCUUUUGAACAUCUUUUGAACUCUCAUGUCUUUCCUUUGUGUCCUAAACCACGUUCACCAGGUUUCACUUCCCUUCUGAGUGAUAGUUCUGCAAGAUGUAGAUGUUGGUCUUGAAGAGCAGCACUCCCUGGGUACCUACUCCGGCUUCCCCAGCUGUCUCCUGCGCCCCGUCGCCCCCAAGGCCCCAGCUGGCCCUGCUGCUGGUGCUGCCAUGUCUUCAUCUUGGGCUUGGCCAGAGGAUCCCAGCGGCACGUCCACACCAUGGGCUGGCCACUUCUGUUUCACAUAGAAAUUCAGCAAACUGUAAAGGUGACUCAUGAGAAGAAAAAAAAAAACAAAACAAACCACAAAAACAAAAACUGCAACUAGUACUUCUUGCCCUCUCUUUUUGUUCCUCUUAAUUAUUUCCAGAAAUGGGCUAAAACUGAAAAGGUCCAACCAAACCUUGACAGUAGCCCUGCUGCAGCAGGUCUGUCACACCGGCAGCCUGUGGGGAACAACCUGUACUGUCGCAGGCCAGCCCUGCCUUCACUCUCCAGGGAGAGCACAACAACCUGAAGAUUUGUAAAUCCAACUGGCACCUUUUCUGAAUGUUAAAGACAACUGUGGUAAAAAAGAAAAAAAAAAAAAAAAAAGAAAGAAAAAAAAAAAAAAGGAAAAAAAUGAAAGAAAGAAAAAAGCCUAAGUAAAGUUGAGAAAUCUAUUUUCCAGGGAGGACAAAACAUAAGAAAAAUUUCUGCCUUCUGUUUGGGAUUUUCAUUUGAUUUAGUAGGAAUCAGAAGGAUCUGUUUGGAGACAGCAAAGUGAACACCACCUGAUGAAAAAUAGUCCAAAGCCAACAGCCACAUCUAUAGAAGUCAGAUUGCUUGAUUUCUUUCUUCUCUUUCUCUUCCUUCUUUCCUUUCUUUCUUUCUUCCUUCCUUCCUUCCUUCCUUUCUUUCCCAAAUGCUGAUGGCAAUAGGAGUGUUCAAAUGGAUUCCAGGGUUCAAUUGUUUGGCAUCCACACACUGUGAAGGGGACAAAAACAAGUGCUAAAUCUAUCAGCCCUCUGUUUUAUAUUUUUCUGGUGGAUGAAAACAUAUUGACAAGAGGAGGCAUCUUUAGCGAGGGUGGCUGUGGUGAGAACAACCCACACACCGGUGAGGAAACCCUCAGGAUGUCCCAGGUGCUCCUGGGCUUCCCAGCUGGGAAAGGGGAAGGAGGGGAUGGACAUUUUUGUGUUUGUUUCAUCUCCUGAUGGAUUUGAACAUACCCACGUCUGCUUUGCAGUGGGGCUUACUGGUAAACUCAGGAGCCCCUUCACCACUUUUGAUUAAUUUUGAUCCCUGUUCUAAAUUCUUGUGGGUGUGACAGCUGCCCAAUGCUACCUGGGGAUACAGCUCCUGGUUUCUCCUGUGAUGCCGAGGUGGCACACUUUGAAUUUUUCACUUCCACUGGCAGCACCUCUCCUUGCCAUUUCUGUUAACCAAAACCGUUACCAAAUAGGUAAAGGAUCUGCACAGACACCUUAUGCUGCAAAACUGACCUGAUACAGCUUGGGGGGCCAGGGAGAGUGCUGCUGAUAUUUGUUUACCCUGCCUCCCCUUAAAAUAAUUCCUAGAGAUCUUUAUUUUUUGACAAACCAGGUUGCGUCUCAUGAGAAGCCAAACCCUUAGGAAAGAAACAGGUAGCACGAAAAAAAACUCAUCCUGUGGGUGGGGGGUGUUUGUUGACAGGUAGUGGGUUUAGAGUCUAUUAGCCUUUGAUAUUUUUAAAGAUCUCUUCCUAGAUGGCUCUGUACUCUCGGCUGACAGCGGUGCAAAUGGUAGAAAUUGAGAAGCUAAAAAGAAGCAAGUUUUUUUUUUCACCCCUGGGUCUACAAAUGCUUUAUAUAACACGUCUAGAGACACUUGCUAAGGACGUGAUUUCUAUAAAGUAUCACUUUUAUUGUUCCUGUAUAUCCUGAAAAGCUCUAGUCUUCUAAGAAUCUUUUCUUUUUUUUUUUUUUUUUAAUUUAUAGAAAAUCUUUCCCUGAAGGAAGCUGAUAGACCGUCCUUAAUUUGCUGUGGCUUUUUUUCUCGUUUCUCUGCUUGUCUUUCUUCUUUUGUCACACUCUUGACAAAAAGCUUGCUUUCUUCUUUCCUUAUUGUAAAAAGUAUCUAUCACCUGUGUUUCAGCUACUGGUGUAGUUUCUCUUGCCUUUCAAGCACUGUGAAUGCUGGUAUUCACACUCUUUAAUCACACCAAAACCACUGCUUUCCCUAGCAUGCAAAUCCCCCUGCACUGAAGCACAAAAUACUGAGUGCAAUGAGAAGUUCUGUAAAUCCUUUCUGCACAGGUUUUACACUGAAGUAAAAAAAAUAAAAAUAAAAAUUAAUCCUCACAUGAAACAAAGUCAAAUCAAUUCCCUUUCUUCCAGUUUUGUCAUCUCCAUAUCUCCAUAUUAGAAACAAUAGUGGCUAAUGGCAAAGAGUGAAUGUUCUAGUAGUGGAAUAUCACACAACAACAUGGAUGGAUGAAUUUCAUGCCCUGUGCAAUGGUAAAGCAGUCCUCCCUUCCCUUGAAUCCCCUUUUAUUCUCAUGCUUACUGUCAGAGUAUGCACAGAGAAGCCAAGCCUAAGAAUGUAGUUAUAGCAAGGCUGAGCUGGACAUGAAUCCUUUACCACAACCAAUGCAAUCAUUUAUCCUGUAUUUUACUUACUUCCUUUUGCUAUGGUCUCUUUUGCUACAUUGUGGAACUAGUGGGUCACACAAGUGUAUUAAUUCUCCCAGCCUCAUAUUUCAGGAUGCUGGGUAGAUUUGUCAUACACGUUUCAUUCUGGUAUUAACCAAAUAAAGGGAAACAAAUCCUGGUGUCUUUUGCCUUCCAAAGCUCCCCAUAACCUGAAAAGUGCCAUUGGGUAGCUACUCUUUUUUGUCUUUUUAUAGCGAAUUUCUUUUUUUUUUUUUUUUUUUUUUUGACCUCUCUUGCCAAGAAGCACACAGAAACUGUUUGUCUCAGAGUGCUCUGACUCUCUGGGAGAAUCUGCUGUGGGUAGUACGUGAGGCACUAUGAUCACAGCCAUGUUAGAGUGGCCUUUGAAAGGAAGGACUUCGCUGGGUGUUUAACGUUUAGACUGUGUCAACAGACAGCACUGAAGAAAGCACAGGGGCACAAGCUUGGUGUGCCCUAACUUGCAAAGGGACAGACAGGUCACGGUUGGAUUGCUUUCUGCUCCCCCCAGCUCAUGUAAGCUGUGGGGAGAAGGGGGAGGGUUUCAGCCCCCACCGGAGGCUCUGUCUCUACACCUCUACCCCAAAGACAGUCCUUCUCUGAAGCACAUUAUGGUAGUAAUGAUAGUAAUAAAAAUAACAUUGGUGAGAGUGCCAUGGUUGCCAAUAAACAGACCUUCUUAUAUCUUAUCCUUUAAUUCUGAUGCCACUUUGCAAAGGUGGUUGGUAAGUUAGAGACUAGCAGUUUGUAAAUACCUUUAGAUAGUGUGUUUUAACAUGACCAACACCAUAUCUUGACUGUGUAAAAAAGUAAUACAUUACGUGUAAUAAUAUCCAGAUAAGGUUAUAAUGUAAAUAUAACUACAAUGAAUGUCCAAUUACUCUUCAAGCUCUAUGUACGAGGAAGAACCUCAUCUCUUCUUGAGACAUUUUUUACUUUAAGGGUAUGGAAAACCUGUUAUUCAUUUGUAUAAAAAAACAACUGCAUUCUUUUCUUCGAAAAAAGUACUACUGCAAGGAAGAAGGGAAUGAUAUCCAAAAUCAUAUGGUAAGACUGGGAACUGAGGAUCUUACAAGUCAGGACUGGUCAAAUUCUUGAUGCUGUACAUUUGAUCUCAUAUAAAUAAGAUAAGCACAAAUUUAUGGUUAGCUAUGUAAAGCUGACCCACUUGAUUAUAUAUACAUUAUAGAGAUAUAUUUAUAUAUGCUGUAUAGACAUAUACAUAUUAUACACAACAGUCAUACAGUGAAAGCAAAGUUUGACAAGGUCACGUUAACUGGGAAUUUGGAUGUAAUGUGUGCUCCGUUUGGAAGAAAAAUGUCUGUGUUAUUCAGCAACAUUCAAAUAUGUUAUGCAGGAUGAAGGAAGAAGGUGCUUCACCAAAAUAACUCAUGAAGGACUGAGAUGAUAAGGGUCUGAAAUACCUUGAAGACUCAACUAAAAUUACAUGCAAUAUAUGUGUAUGUACUUCUGCUGAGUUGUAUUCCUAGUUAAAAGUAUUGCAUUAAACAGCGAAAUAUGACAAUAAUAAAAAUGUUUUUGUAUGUGGUA